CACCCAUCUUGGCGGUCAAACGCUCUGAAAUGUAAAAAUGGCGACCUCCAUGCAUUUAGCAUGGAAGCACUGCAAUAAUACACAACGAUUGCUACAAGCAACCUUGAAUCAUAUCUAUGGAAGUACACAUCACAGAUGUUGCCAUAUGGCUGCCCAAGCGAUCACACCAACCCAGGCUAAACUGAUGCGAAAAAAAAGAGAUAUAAAGAUACCAAAGAAGAAGAAAAGAGAUUCUUUGUCUGUUUUACGUGCUCUCUCAGAAGUCACUGGCAAGAAUCACUUGGUCCCAGACUACCAGCCAAUGUUCACUGAUGACCCAUUUCUGUUACCAUACAACCAGCACUCUGUGACUCAUCGAUUACCUUUAAUUUCUGGAAAAGUGUCUGCUCAGUAUUUCAUACAGAGGUUUCCAGAAUGUUUUGCAUUUGAGAAGAGUGUACCUCACAUACCUGCAUUUGAGCCAAUACAGGGUGAGGCAAAGGUAGAAGAAGUUUCAGAAGAGGCCUUACAAGAAAGAAUACAGUUAAAUCUUCUGUCCGAUGCUGUACAGCUAUAUGAGGAGAUCAUUGGAAAUGGUGGAAGUGUUUCCGUGAAUACAGUGGAGGACCUGGUUGAAAUUGUCAUGUAUUACUUUGGAUCAGACCACGAUAAGAUUACUGACCAUCCAUUCCAUAAACAACUUAAUCUCAGUAAAGAAUUGAACAAACCAAAACCUAUUGAAGCGGUAGACAAAUUCAUAUCAUCACUUAAUGUAGAAAAAACUCCACGGAUGUAUAAAGCCAUCAUCCUCGGCUGUUGUAAGCAUGAACACAUGGAAACAGCAAUGGGGUACUAUAAAGAGAUGAAAGCCAGGGGAUUUCAAUGUGAUAGAGACAUCUUCCAUGCUCUCCUGUCAGAAACUCCACCAAGGUCAGAUAGUGAACCACUACCUUUUGACACUGCAAUGGACCUCAUUAGAGAUAUGAAGACUGCAGGAAUUACUCCCACAGAAGAAACGUUUUCUAGACUAGGCUCCGGACCAGGCUUACGUUGUCCAGACUUUCCCUGUAUUACAAAGAUCUUUAGUGAAAUCAAGGCCCUAGAAAUGAAACCAUCCUUGUCUAUGUGCAGAGCCUUACUGAACUUCACCAGAACACACAGAGAUUUACAAGCAAUUCUGAGCUACAUAGACAAAGAAAACAUCAAAGCUACCUCAGAGCAGGAAAUGAGAUUCUUCAUUGAUGCUAUUCAGUUGUGUGAUUCCUCAUUGAAAAAUCCUCAACUGGCGUUCGAGGUGGACAGAUUAUUUCGUACCUUAGGAGAAGGCCACUACUUUUUAACCACAGGGGAAUCAAGAAACUAUUAUCGUCCACUUCUCUGUGCUUUCAUAUUUAACGAUACCGUAGAAAAUACCAUGGAAAUGUAUGACAAGGUUGUUCCAUGUAAAAUCAGCCCCAAAGAUUUACCGCUUCAUGCACUUUUUAAACAGUUCAAAGGACAAAGGAAUUUUCAAUAUGUACCUAAACUGUUUAAAGAUCUCUAUAUCAAUAUCAAACAACUGGAUGACAGUCGUGUACAGCUGGCAUUGGAGUUAAUAGAUACCAUCAAUGAUCCCCCAGAGCUGUUGCAAGAUCUCUGCAGUGUCUUUGAUAUUGUUAAGAAAGACAAAUUUGAGAGGACAGUUAAGAGUAGGAGAAAGAUAAUGCGUGCAGAUAUGAGAUAUCUAGAAGUUGCAAGCAAAAUCAAUUUAAAGACUGGCUCCUUUGAAGAAGCAUGGGAAUAUUUUGAGAAAGGAGCUGAAAAUAUUGGAUUUACAAAAUCAUAUUGUGUAAAAAUACGUCAGUGUUGUGUUGAUCGAGGAGAAGACAAGAAAACAGAGAUGGUUAAGACCUACAUUAAAAACUAUAUUUAAAACAGACUUGCUCUUGAAGAGAAAUGAGGAGUAAAUCAUCGACUACACAUGGAAAAUUUUUGGAUGGUUCAGACUUUCAUGAUACUCAGAAAUAAGAUGCCUGUUUGUAGAAAGAUGUCAGUACAGCUGAUCUUGCCAGGAGUGACCAGCUCUUUUACCAAAACUAUUGCUGUAAAGAGUACUGUUUCAGUGGUGAAUUACUAUGCAUUUUUAAAAAAGUUUUUACAUGUUGGUAUUGUAACAACACUUUUCAUUGGCAGAUGAUAGUGUUACUGUCAUCGAUGUAAUGUCACUUUUCAUUGGCAAGUUCAAAUGGAUUAUUAGAAACUAGAUUGUAAGUGAUGUAACUACUCUUUUCAUUGACUGAUAACAGUGUAUUAUUGAUUCUGCUACAUCAGCAUAUUAACAACGCUUUGGUGGUUUAUUUUAAUUAUUAUGUGAUACAACAUUGAUGUUCGAGGUAGAAUUCACUGUUUAGGUCACAAAACGUCUUUCCAAAAUGGUAGGAAGCUGGUUUAGUAAAAAAAAUUAUGGCUUCAAUAUGUAGGUUUAGAUGAUGUGUCACUAAUUUUAAACAGCCAGUAUACUGAAGGUUAAGAUCAAUUGUGGAAAAUCAUGACUUGUCAAGUGGUCUCCUAAAAUAUCAAUUGGCAUUAAUCUGGUGGCACCUCUCACCAGCUGUCUUUAAUCUGGUGGUUCCCCUCACCAGCCGCCAUUAAUCUGGUGGUUCCUCUCACCAGCUGUCAUUAAUCUGGUGGUUCCUCUCACCAACUGUCAUUAAUCUGGUGGUUCCUCUCACCAGCCGCCAUUAAUCUGGUGGUUCCCCUCAUCAGCCGCCAUUAAUCUGGUGGUUCCUCUCACCAGCUGUCAUUAACCUGAUGGUUACUCUCACCAGCUAUCAUUAAUCUGGUGGUUCCUCUCACCAGCUGCCAUUAAUCUGGUUGCUCCUCUCACCAACUGCCACUUCUCUCACCAACUGCCAUUAAUCUGGUGGUUCCUUUCACCAGCCGCCAUUAAUCUGGUGGUUCCUUUCACCAGCUGUCAUUAAUCUGGUGGUUCCUUUCACCAGCUGUCAUUAAUCUGGUCAUUAGUUGAUAAGCCUCCUUGUGAUAUAAAGUUAUGUAGUAUUUUAUUUUAAAGCUAUAUUAAGAGUGGCCCUUUGCAAAAUCUUUUGUGACUUUGUAGUUGAUUUUGAAUGACUCAAAUGAUUAUACGUAAGUGUUUGUGCGAUACUGAUUUUUGAUAGUUGAUAAAACAAAAUGUUGAAAAAAAUCUAUCAAACAGAAUCAAUUAAACAAAUGAAUGUCA